AGUCUCAAUGCUAAGCUUCAUGAAAGAGAAGGGGGAAAAAAUGAAAAAUUACUAUUUCGCUACAGUUAUCCCCAGAGAUAGCUCCGUGGUCUAAUGUUUCAACAUGCCCACUCGUGCACUGUGAUCAGAUCCGCAGAACCGAAAUUUACAGUACCUAACCUUAGCAUCCCAUGGUAAUCUGCCAAACUAUCAACCAUCCGCCCGGAGACAAAGACACAAACCCUCUUCCCCUUUUCAGCGCGAUUUUCUGAUCAGCACACUGUCCCUUCGUUUCCCUCUAUUUCCUAUUUUUCACCUUCGCCCCGUUGCCUCUCUGUUCAUUCGCAUGCCGAGCGGCGAUGAGAUUCGCCUUUAGUUUGACUUUCACACCUCCUGUUUUCCACCCACCCACUAAAUAGAGACGACCAAGAGAGAGCUUCCUUACAGCGCCUCACCCUUUCCUUUCGACCUACUUUCCCCUCCUACUGACCACUGUUAAUCGACGAAGACAGGCUUCCCGCCAUCCGUGCGACAGGCCAAAAAUCCCGUCUGAAACCCACGGGGUAGCCCAAUCGUAUGGCGGGCAACUCGAACAAUCAGGACUUGCUCCUUGAUCUUGACGAUCAGGGCCGCAACUAUGGAAAUCCCGGCCGUCCUCCAGCGAUCUCGGAGGAUGAAUAUGCCCACAGAGCUUCCACUUCUUACGAUGAUUUUGUAGGAGGUAGCUCGUCUCUCUCCCCACCACCGGCUCCGGGACUGACAACCGCUCACCGAACUUAUUCACAAACAUCCGUCUUGGGCAACUAUCAGCCCUACUACGAUGCGGACGACCAAGAGCUAUACCCUGACGAGGGCCGUCCAGCCAGUGGUUAUCACUACGCAUCUGCAAGUGAUGAACAACAAGAUGCCGCUCACGGGAAUCUUAGGAAUCGACAGCAGGGGGUGGUGGAGAGAGUAAAAUCAGUGCUGGGAAUGGGGCCGGAAUACAGCGAGAUGGAUUUACCGUUGACGGAAGCGCGGCCAAAGAAUACGGCUGCCGGGGGCACAGAGGGCGCGUCCGGGGGUCAGAGGUCAAAAGGGCGACGGAACAGUGGGGGCAAAUUCAAAUUCGGUUUUGGGAGAAGAAAGGUGGACCCAUCAACCUUGGGGCCGCGAGUAAUUCACCUCAACAACCCACGAACUAAUGCUACCGGAAAAUAUGUCGACAAUCACAUUUCCACAGCAAAAUAUAACAUCGCAACCUUUCUCCCCAAGUUUCUUUACGAGCAGUUCUCCAAGUAUGCCAAUUUAUUUUUCUUAUUCACAGCCGCGCUACAGCAGAUUCCGAACAUUUCGCCAACUAACAAAUACACCACCAUUGGUCCUUUGAUUGUCGUUUUACUGGUGUCGGCCGGAAAGGAACUUGUUGAGGACUGGAAGCGGAAAACCCAAGAUCAGGAGUUGAAUAGGUCGAAGGCCAGGGUACUGGUGGGAACAUCAUUCGAGACACAGAGAUGGAUAAAUGUCCGGGUUGGAGACAUAGUUAGAGUGGAAUCAGAAGAGCCAUUUCCGGCAGAUUUGGUGCUGAUGGCUUCAUCCGAGCCGGAAGGAUUAUGCUACAUCGAAACCGCCAAUCUAGAUGGGGAGACAAAUCUGAAGAUCAAGCAAGCUAUUCCCGAAACUGCGAAUUUAGUCAGCCCGAGUGAGUUGAGCCGACUCUCUGGGAGAAUCCGUUCCGAGCAACCAAACAGCAGUCUCUACACGUACGAAGCUACCUUGACAAUAGGUCUCGGGGGAGGGGAGAAAGAGCUACCACUGAGUCCAGACCAACUAUUGCUUAGAGGGGCCACCUUGAGAAAUACUCCCUGGGUCCAUGGCGUUGUUGUAUUCACAGGUCACGAGACUAAACUUAUGAGAAACGCUACUGCGACGCCCAUUAAACGUACGGCGGUGGAGAGACAGCUCAAUGUAGACAUCAUCAUGCUUGUCGGAAUUCUGCUACUCCUUUCUCUGGUCUCUUCUAUUGGCGAUGUUAUCAAACAGGUUUGUCAAACCCCUCAGUUGGCCACGGAUCAUGAACGGGGAAACUGAACAAAGCCUUAGGCAACCGCGAGUUCUACCAUGUCUUACUUGUAUCUUGGGGAUAACAACAAAGUGCGUCAGUUUUUCGCAGAUAUUCUGACCUAUUGGGUCCUGUAUUCCAACUUGGUUCCUAUCAGGUGCGUUACCCCCCCCCCCCCUGCUGGGUCACACUAACCCACUCCAGUUUAUUUGUCACUGUUGAAAUCGUUAAAUAUUCGCAUGCAUUCCUCAUCAAUUCCGACCUUGAUAUUUACUAUCCAGAUACGGACACUCCCGCGGUCUGCAGAACUUCGAGCCUUGUUGAAGAGCUGGGGCAGAUCGAGUACAUCUUUUCUGACAAAACUGGUACCCUUACUUGCAAUAUGAUGGAGUUUCGGCAGUGCUCUAUUGCUGGUAUAUGCUAUGCUGAUGAGGUUCCGGAAGACCGCCGCGCAACUGUUCAAGAUGGUGUGGAAGUUGGAAUACAUGACUUCGCGAGACUGAAGGAAAAUCUCAGAUCCCACUCCUCGCGUGAAGUCAUGCAUCAUUUCCUUACUCUCCUUGCUACUUGCCACACAGUUAUUCCAGAGCGCAAGGACAACAAUCCCAACGAGAUAAAAUACCAAGCUGCCUCCCCGGAUGAAGGUGCUCUUGUUGAAGGCGCUGUUCAACUUGGCUAUCGCUUCCUUGCUCGAAAGCCAAAAAGUGUCACUGUGCUAGUAGAAGGGCGGGAGUACGACUAUGAAUUGCUUAACAUCUGCGAGUUCAAUUCGACCAGGAAGAGGAUGUCUGCAAUUCUCAGGUGCCCCGAUGGGAAAGUUAGAAUUUACUGCAAAGGCGCUGAUACCGUUAUCAUAGAGAGGCUAUCAAAAGACAAUCCGAUGGUUGAGGCAACGCUCCAGCACUUAGAAGAUUAUGCUACGGAAGGGCUAAGAACCCUUUGUUUAGCUAUGCGAGAGAUUCCUGAUGAGGAAUAUCGCCAAUGGUCGGCUAUAUACGACAAGGCCGCCACAACAAUAAAUAAUCGCAGCGAGGAGCUUGAUAAAGCUGCAGAACUCAUUGAGAAGGAGCUAUAUCUGCUCGGUGCGACAGCCAUCGAAGACAGACUCCAAGAUGGCGUCCCCGAUACAAUUCACACAUUACAAACGGCCGGCAUCAAAGUUUGGUAUGGGCCCAAACGUCCUGCGGAUACCCCUCUGGACCGAUACUGACACCGCACAGGGUUUUGACCGGUGAUAGACAAGAAACUGCUAUUAACAUUGGAAUGAGCUGCAAACUCAUUAGUGAGGAUAUGAACCUGGUCAUUGUGAACGAAGAGGAUAUGGAAAGCACAAGAAACGAUUUGAGCAAGAAAUUGACAGCUAUCAAAGCGCAAAAGAGCUCCGGUGCUGAGCCAGAGGUGAAGUGCCUUCCAGAGAUAUGACAAACUUUGUGCUUAUUAGUCUAGGCCCUAGCUCUAAUCAUUGACGGUCGCUCCCUUACUUUUGCUCUUGAGAAGGAUCUGGAAAAGACUUUCCUUGACCUUGCUGUCCUAUGCAAGGCUGUCAUCUGCUGGUAUGUGUUCCUGUACUCCUACACGAUGAGAUUUUGCUGAGCCCUUCUAGCCGGGUCUCUCCCCUUCAAAAGGCUCUUGUUGUCAAGCUUGUGAAACGCCACCUCAAAGCUAUCCUGCUCGCUAUCGGAGAUGGUGCAAAUGAUGUUAGUAUGAUUCAGGCGGCACAUGUCGGCGUUGGCAUCAGCGGCGUAGAAGGCCUGCAGGCCGCUCGUAGCGCAGAUGUUGCUAUUGGCCAAUUCCGGUUCCUCCGCAAGCUGUUGCUUGUUCAUGGAGCUUGGAGCUACCAGCGUAUCAGUAAGGUUAUCCUUUAUUCGUUUUACAAGAAUAUCACACUUUACAUGACGCAGUUUUGGGUUUGUAUACCUUGCCCUGUUUUAUUUUCGCAAUUCUAAUACCGAGCAGUUCUCCUUUCAAAACGGCUUUUCUGGGCAAGUAAUCUAUGAAUCGUGGACGCUCUCGUUCUACAAUGUCUUCUUCACUGUCUUGCCUCCAUUGGUCAUGGGCAUCUUUGAUCAAUUCAUAAGCGCAAGAUUACUUGAUCGUUACCCGCAAUUAUAUCAGUUAGGCCAAAAGGGCUUAUUCGUGCGUCUACCUCAAACACCCUCUUUGUAACUGCUGGUUCUGAUCUGUUGUUGUUAGUUUAAACAAACUAGCUUCUGGGCGUGGCUGGUGAACGGAUUCUACCACUCGCUCAUUCUGUAUAUUGUUUCGGAGUUGAUUUUCCUAUUCGACCAUCCUCAGGCAGACGGGAAGCCAGCCGGUCAUUGGUUGUGGGGAACCGCGCUCUACACGGCCGUUCUAGCCACCGUUCUAGGAAAGGCAGCGCUUGUAACCAAGUGCGUAUCAAUACCUGUUACCUACCAAAUCCCCUAGAUUUGCUAACGCGAGUCCAGUAUGUGGACCAAAUAUGCCGUCAUGGCUAUUCCCGGCUCUAUGUUGAUUUGGAUGGGAUUUAUGCCCGCAUACGCCACAGUGGCUCCUAUGCUCGGUUUCUCCGAGGAAUAUCACGGUAUCCUUGGCAGGCUUAUUACCUCUCCGGUAUUUUGGGCCAUGGCUGUCAUUCUCCCCUGCCUAUGUUUGGUCCGAGAUUUUGCAUGGAAAUAGUAAGUUGAUGGGUAACCGAUAUCCCUCCGCAGCAUAAGCUAACAAUCGCGCAGCGCCAAACGAAUGUACUUCCCACAGACCUAUCACCACAUUCAGGAGAUCCAAAAGUACAACAUUCAAGAUUACAGACCAAGGUAAAGCCAGAGUCUAGUUCCAGCGCCCGCGUACUGACGAUUUGGCAGGAUGGAACAAUUUCAGAAGGCUAUCCGUAAGGUACGCCAGGUACAACGAAUGCGGAAGCAGAGGGGAUAUGCCUUUUCUCAGGCGGACGAAGGGCAGUCACGGCUGCUCCAGGCAUAUGACACCACCAAGGAGAGAGGCAAAUAUGGAGAAAUGAAGAGUGUGAGGUCGGAUGCUCGGCCUCAUUGAAAGCACCAUUGGUGGGUGUUAUUGGUCAAGUCAUUCCAAAGAGGUUUGGCCGUGUAGUUAGUUUUUCAUUUCGGAUUGUACUUCAUCUAGCCUCUUUUCCCCAUUUUUCCACGCCCUCUCACUUUCCUUCUCCGUACCCCUUGUUUAGUCUUGGCCGUUUCGGGAUACGUACAACCGCACAAGCUCGGCAUUCAUGAUUCACCUCAUGGAUGAAAAGCUGAUACGAUAGCAUGAGCACGCGCAAGGCUGUUUUUUAUCGGCUUUUGGACAGCGAUAUUAGGACAUGAUCAUGAUGAUAAUAGCAUAUCUCCUAUGAGAUUUCUCUGAAGCCAAAUUACUCGAUCAGCGGUGUAAAUCCGCAGAAAUGAUAUCAACGAGUGACCAUCUAUGACUUGUAGACCCCGGCCCACCCGGCAUAGAGCACUAGGAAAGGGAAAGGACCAGGAGAUACCCCCAGCACCGAAGCCUAA